UUAGUUUAACAAUGAAUACGUGUAAACUGUUGUCGAUUAAUAUUUGCACAUUCGACCAGUUUGUUCAUUUACCGAUUUGCGAAGGUUGGUCCUAUCUUUGAGUUUUGAAGAGAUGAAAUUGGAUAAUCUAUGAACAGUUUGGAGAUACGUAAACAAACUUGGGUCGGUUAAGAAGUCGUUUUACAAUAUGUGUGCUUUAGACUUGGAUGGUAUAAUAGAAAGGCUGAUGAAAUGUACUUUAAUAACUGAAGAUGAAGUUAAAGCUUUGUGUGGAAAAGCUCGUGAAAUAUUAAUUGAAGAAGGAAAUGUUCAAAGAGUAGACUCACCUGUCACAGUGUGUGGGGAUAUACACGGGCAAUUUUAUGAUUUGCAAGAACUUUUUAAAGUGGGCGGAAGAGUUCCAGAGACAAAUUAUUUGUUUUUGGGGGAUUUCGUAGAUAGAGGCUUUUAUAGCGUGGAAACAUUUCUGCUCCUCAUUGCGUUGAAGGUUCGAUAUCCUGAUCGUAUAACUCUGAUAAGAGGAAACCAUGAAUCCAGGCAGAUUACCCAGGUGUACGGGUUCUUCGACGAGUGCCUCAAGAAGUACGGCAGCAUAUCGGUGUGGAAGUACUGCACGGACCUGUUCGACUACCUCAGCCUGUCGGCCAUCAUCGAUGGGAAGAUCUUCUGCGUCCACGGCGGCCUGUCGCCCUCCAUCCAGACGCUGGACCAGAUCCGGGCCAUCGACCGCAAGCAGGAGGUGCCCCACGACGGGGCCAUGUGCGACCUGCUGUGGUCCGACCCGGAGGACACCCAGGGCUGGGGGGUCAGCCCACGGGGCGCCGGUUACUUGUUUGGCGCGGACAUCGUGCAAGAGUUCAACACGAUGAACAACAUAGACAUUGUGUGUCGAGCUCAUCAGUUGGUGAUGGAAGGAUACAAGUGGCACUUCACCGAGACUUUACUGACAGUGUGGUCGGCCCCCAACUACUGCUAUCGCUGCGGCAAUGUCGCGGCCAUCCUCGAACUCAGUGAAAACUUGCACCCAGAGUUCAUUAUAUUCGAGGCGGCACCCAACGACAACAGAGGGAGUCAGCCAUUCCGCAAGCAGCAGCCAGACUAUUUCCUGUAAUUUGAGCAGAAUGACGAAUGUUCCUACACCUGUGUGAAAAUAUCCUUUGAGUAAAAUUUAACUGAAAUACAUUUGUGAAGAGAGCAGUUGUGGUUUUAAUGUGCAAAUCUGAGUAAAAUAUUUUAAUAAUUUUCAUGAAUGUUUUUCCAUCAAAUUCUUCUUUUAACGAUUGCUUUUAUUUUUCUACCUUAUUCUGAAGUUGUGAAAUGAACUUAAUAUUCUAGUAAUGCUGUUGCUGACAUAAUUAUAUAACAAUGUUUACAAAAAAGUAUGUAUAUUUUAAUAACAAAAAACUUGCAGAAAUCUUUUUUAAAACUAGAAUAAUGUUCUAGUAUAGGGUCAGAUAUCAAUCAGUAUUAUUAUUUUUUUGUGAAUGUGAAUUUGCUGCGACUGAUUGAAUUCUCUACUUCGUGGUUUAAUUUCAGACUUUAGCGACUUGGUUUCAUUGGAUUGCUUGGUAACUACAUGCCAGGGAUUGUGUUCACAUUUGUUAUUUCUGUAUCGUCUGUAUUUGUAGGUAGAGCUCCCACAGGUGUUCGGGUGUUAGUCAUGUAGAAUUUCAAGAGUCAACCACUGUUUUUUACACCACUUUUCUGGAAUCUCAUGUUAUAAAUAUUCAACCUGUUUGAAUGUACCUACCUAAUUUCCAGCAUUCUACAUUACUUUUUCCUUGAGAAAUGUUAACAGUUGGGGUUUUCACUUAUAAUUUAUGAUAUUCUUGUGUGGUGUAAGUACAUAUUGUGUUUGUGUUUUGUAAAAAAAAAAAAAAUUCAGUUUUUGAUGUACUUUAUGAUUUAUUAUUUUUCCUCUUGCCUGUAUUUAAAAAUGGACAAGAAACCACAUCCAUUUCACAUUAUUCAUGUUAGUUAUAAAGUUAUGUUAUAACCUGUAAUCAGCAUAGACCCGCAUGCUGAUUUUAAUGACAUCCAAUUUUUUUUUGUAAUAUUUUGUAAAAUGUAGGGUUUUUUUAACCUAGAAACUAAAGUUUUAUUUAAGGUUUGUCCAAGAUUCAUUGUUUAAUAGUAUCUUAUUUUGUAAAAAUAUACUUUCAUCCUUUAAUAUUUUGUAUUGAUGAAGUGGGUAUGUAUUAAAACUUCUCUUUUUUUAUUCUGUUUGCCACAGAGAAAAAAUUUCUGAAUGCUAUUCCAUUGUGGAUAGGAUAAAAAAGGAUAUACAAAGCACUGGCCUUUACCUAGAAGUUUCAGGGAAAGAGCAAAAUCUCUAGCCAGGUUUUUAUCUGAUGCUGACAUUUCCAUCUGGUUUUGACAUUAUUUGUGGAAGAUAUGAAUGAUACAGAACUUGAUCAUCUUAAGCAACAAGCAAGUGCAGAAUAUUUUGGCUUUUCUGGACACUUUUUUAAAUCAGACUGAAAGAAAAAAUUUCACUGUCUGUAAUUUGGGGAAAGAAAUUAUGAAUUCACACUGUGAUAAUCAUGUUGGGUUAACACAGUAUCAAGAAAAGUAGUGCAUACCUUGGUCUGACAUUGUAAAAAGCUCCAUGUUAGAAAUUGGUGACUGCUUAACAUUGGUUUAUAUAUUUUUUUGUUUUGUUUUCAAUAUAACCAUAUUCUGUACACAAAGCAAAUAAGUGAGAUAGCCAGAUAGCAUACUAAUUUUAAAAUUUCUAACAACGUAAAAGUUUCUCCUAAGUCCCAAAACACAAUUCCUAAUUGGAAAAUGUUUUAACCAAAUCUCAUAUAUAUGUGUUAUUAAAAUUAAAAUUUUCCAAAUCAUAUUAAUGUCAUAUCAAAAAUAUGAUCAUACAUUUUUGGGCAGUCAAGAAAAUUUAAGCAUUGCAAUUUUUAUUCCUAAUACUUAGGUGUUUUCGUUUUUGCUUUAAAAAAUAAGUUGAAAAAUGUGUUUUUUUUGCUAAGUGGCAAUCUUUUGUUUUGUAACAUGCUUUUUACACUUUAAAUAAUUAAUAUCUCUGCAAUUAUCUCAACACAGAUGUUCAUUUCAACUUUGAGAUGAAGACAGUGGUUCGUGUUAUUCUGUGUGAGACAGACGUGCUAUCACUCCCUCGGGUGAGGCCCUUAUCCCUUGGCCGUAUUCCAGACAUCCCAGCAGCAGGCAAGGUCGCUGGCUGCACCCCUCCCCUUCACUUGUGACUUUGCUCAGGCUCGGAGAUAUUGGGAGCGAAAUAUUCUUGUUGGAUUUAGAAAGUUGUGUGUGUUAACCAGAGAUUUGUGUGAUUUAAAUCCUGGUAUUGAUGUGUAAUGCAAAAUAUUUUCAGUGUGUGAAUUUUUAUGCAAAUAUCUUUUUGCAAUAAAGAAUUAUUAAUG